UCCACCAUAUGGCUUAGACUGCUCUGGAGCGUCAUCGGCUCCGGCCGACGAUGCGGCUUGCAUCGCCUGGAUGUCCCGUCUCUUUGCCUCCUUUCUUAUUUCUCUUCUUUACCCCUCCUCAUCCGUAGUUUGUGAAGUUCUCGUGCUCUGACUGUGCACCUCGCUUUCUUGUCUCUCAUCGUGAAAGGCCGUUUAGGAGAGCGGUCUCUCAUCCUCGGAGCUCAUCUUAACUCGCACAGGCCUAAAAGACUAAGCCGUAGUUGUCGCCAUGACCGUCACGCACACCUCCAACGUCGGGCCGCUCACCGUCCUGGUUUCGACUCGAGCCGUCCUCACACUUCCAGACAACUCUCUUGUCCUCUCUCCGGCGACCAUUUGCAUAUCUCCCGAGCUUGGCAGAAUUGUCUCCAUUCUGCCCGAGAUCCUUCCCGCCUCGGCCUUUCCCCCCAGCGCUACCUAUGUAGACCACUCUCCCAAGCUGUUGCUUCCGGGUCUUGUGGAUGCUCAUGUCCACCUGAAUGAGCCUGGCCGAACAGAGUGGGAGGGAUUCUGGACCGGAACUCGAGCAGCGGCAAGCGGUGGCGUCACCACCGUUAUCGACAUGCCGCUGAAUGCCAUCCCGCCAACGACUACUCUCCAGGGAUUCGAAGAGAAGCUUAAGGCCAGCCGCGGCCAGUGCUGGGUAGACGUAGGCUUUUACGGCGGUGUCAUUCCUGGGAACGCAGACCAGCUGAAACCCCUCGUAGAGGCUGGUGUUAGAGGAUUCAAGGGCUUCCUCAUUGAAUCCGGCGUCGACGAGUUCCCUGCCGUAUCCGCCAAAGAUGUGGCAUUGGCCAUGGAGACACUCAAGCAUGAACCAACCACUCUGAUGUUCCAUGCUGAGAUGAUCCCUCCCAUUGCCGAUUCUGUUGGUGACGCCGUCCUAACGUCUGAUCCUCCUGCGGCACCCAAAGGCGAAUUGACCGCCUACAGCACAUUUCUCGAGUCGCGGCCUCCUUCUUUCGAGACCUAUGCUAUCGAGGAAAUCCUUGCGCAUGCUCAUAUUGCUCCCUCGCUGCACCUCCAUAUUGUCCACCUGUCGGCGACGCAAGCGAUUCCGAUUCUCAAGGCUGCUCGCCAGAGGGGAGUUAACAUCACAGCUGAGACUUGUUUCCAUUAUCUGGGGCUAUCAGCCGAAGAGAUUGAGAAGGGUGACACGAGACACAAGUGCUGCCCUCCCAUCCGUGAGGCUAACAACCGAGACGGCCUUUGGGAGGAACUGGUGGCCGACGACUCGUGCAUUCGUACCGUCGUCUCUGACCACUCACCUUGUACACCUCAGCUGAAACUGCUGCCCGACCACCUCGAGAGACCUGCAAUUCCCCAUUCUGAUUCGGGUCUGGAUGUCAACAGCCACAAGGACCUGCCACCAACCAAAACUAUUGCCCGCGGUGACUUCUUCGCCGCUUGGGGCGGCAUCUCCUCCGUCGGCCUCGGCCUGCCUAUCCUGCAUACCGCUGCCAAGCAGCGCUCUGAGACAUCCAAGGCACCAACCAUCAUCGACAUGGUCCGCCUCUGUUGUCAAGCAACCGCUGAGCAGGUCGGUCUCUCUCACCGCAAAGGAGCUCUCAAGGUUGGAAUGGACGCCGACAUUUGCGUUUUCGACGAUACGCACGUCUGGACUUUUACUCAGGGCGACAUGCGCUGGAAGAACCGCUGUUCGCCCUGGCAAGGCCACAAAUUCACCGGUCGGGUCAUGGAGACGUGGCUUCGCGGCCGCAAGGUGUUUGAUCUGGAGGCUCCCGGCGACGGCUUUCUCGCUGCCAAGCCUUUUGGCGAGUCCAUCACCGAAAAGAGAACUUUGUAAACGAUACGAAACGCACGAUUCUAUGAUUUUGUCAAUGCUUUUGAUUUGGAGCUGGGGGACAUGCGCAUGAACGAAUAGACGGACGAGGUAGAUGGCAUAUUCAAGUGUGAGCGGGCGGGCGUUUUUGGCAUAUUGCGUUUGGUUUUCGGCAUACAUGCAUUUGCACGUACAUGGUUUGCAUUUGUUAUGGCGUAGAAAGCAAUGUUGAGAUUUGUGAGGUUUAUGGCCAGGUAAUAGGUAGUAAUAACAUUCGAUUUGAUAAAC